CAAAUUGACCGUCGACCCGAGCAAGUGCCAUAUCAUACACCAAUGGACCCCAUUCGUUUUCUAUUGAGAAGUGCCAUGGUGUACCGCAACAAAACUGCCGUCAUUCACGGCGAUCAAGCCUACGACUAUGAAACCUUGGCGGACCGUGUUUUGCAACUUGCGAAUGUCUUGAUCCAAGAUUUUCAUGUUCGACCAGGCGAUCGUGUGGCGGUCUUGUGUCAAAACACACCUGCUUAUCUCGAAGCAACGUUUGCAGUUCCUGCUGCAGGAUGUAUACUAGUGCCACUCAACACACGGUUGGCUCCACCAGAGAAUGAGUACUUGAUCAAACACUGUGGAGCAACAGUGUUAAUCAUACAGGAACAGCAUCUGUCUCGUAUUACUCCUGGUGUUAAAGAAACGAUAAAGAUGAUCCGUGUGGCGGAUCAGCAGAAUCCGGGCCAACCUUCUUGCCAAUACGAGCUAUUAUUGCAGGAGAAGAAGAAGAAAGAAGAAGCUAGUGGUACUAUGCUGAUGAAAUGGAACGAAUUACCUUUAACGACAGACGAGAAUGCCCUUAUCACAAUCAACUAUACAUCAGGCUCAGCUGGCAAACCAAAGGGCGUCAUGCAGUCGUAUAGGAGCUGUUACUUGAUGGCAAUGAACAUGUGUGUGCAUGCACGUCUAACGCUGGACACGAAAUAUCUAUGGACCGCUCCAAUGUUUCAUUGCAAUGGCUGGAACUUUACAUGGGCUGUUGUGGCAGUAGGAGGUACCCAUGUUAUGCUCGAUAAAAUUGAUUAUCCUCGCAUAUGGAAAUUGCUACAAGAGCAUCGCGUAACACAUUAUGGCGCUGCACCCACCGUGCAGAACGAGUUAGCCCAUCAUAAAGAUGCUGUUUGUCUUGACCAUCCCGUUUCCUGCAUAAUUGGGGGUUCGCCACUUUCAAGCAAGACAUCUGGACCAAGUGUGCAUACGUAUGACAGAGCGGCUCUGUCUCAGUAUCCAGAGGAGCAACAUGCAGAGCUAAUAUCUCGUCAAGGCUUCAGUAUUAUUUCGCAAGAUGAAACGCGGGUACUCGAUCCAAAAACUGGCAAAGAUGUAGUAGCAAAUGGAAAACAAGUCGGGGAGAUAUGUUCGUCUGGUAACACGACAAUGUUGGGUUACUAUAAUGACGUAAAGGCGACGAAAAAGGCGUUUCAAGGAGGUGUUUUCUGGUCAGGCGAUUUGGGUGUGCGACAUCCUGAUGGGGCGGUUGAAGUGAUCGAUCGAGCCAAGGACGUUGUUGUGUCCGGAGGAGAGAAUAUCAGCUCUAUUGAGGUAGAAAAUACAAUCAUGAUGCUGGAAGUAGUAUCUGAUUGUGCCAUUGUUGGUGGUCCAGAUGAAAUUUGGGGUGAACGCCCUUUCGCUUAUAUUGUCGUCUGGGAAGGCAAAGCAAUCACGGCCGAAGCAGUUAUUUUCCACUGUCGUAGAAACUUGGCAGGAUACAAAUGCCCGUCGAAAAUUAUCUUUGUAGACAAGCUUCCAAAAACCGAGUAA